GUGGUUAAUUAAAGUAGGUUCAAAGCGGACAGAGGGAGGAAUUGCUUAAUUUCUGAAAUCGCAGUAACACGCUUGUUUGUAAGGCAGGCUAUUGAAACGUUCCCCCUAGCGGUAAGAAAAGCGCUCCGAUCAACGCUGAACUCCAGUACAAGAGCAAUAGGAAACUGGCACCUCAACAACGGAGAGUCCCGCGUAAGAGGUGGCGUCCUUUAACAGGGAGGAGGCUGGAACAGGGUGAGAGAUAAUAAGAGACAGUGAUCGUCUCCGCUGGAUUGCUGUACAGCUCUCUCCAUACAAAAAACGCCAGACUUCGAGACCAGCCCUUAAAGGAUGUAUUUGGAAAACCUUCCUUGAUUCUGUGAUAUCAGCACAAAUCGUUUCUUCUUCUGACUGAAAUCUGGAGUCGUAUCAGAAUCUAAGGAACAGCCCUGGAUAUUAGACCUUGAAUAAAACAUACUGGGAACACACAUGUUACGGAUAAAACCAUGGUACAAGUAGGUAACUGAAGUAAUUCACAGGGUGCGUUUUAAGGGAUACCCACCCAGUCGGCCGGGUGUAGGAUGUAGGAUGCUUCCCAUCCCAAGACUAAAGGGUCAGCCUCAGCUGUGGCAGAUGAGCGGGGAGCCACCUUCCUGGGUGUGGAUGCUCCCGGCCACCUCAGGGCUCUGCAGGAUAAGUGCGGCUCCCCCUCCCCUCCUAAUCUCCACGCACCCGCCUCCGCUGCUGCAAGCCGUUUCCAGCUGGCAACUGUCCUGUGAGCCGCUACUGCCCUUGGUGCGAAUACCGUCCGCGGAACCGGCCAUCCAGCCGUACCCCUUACCCAGCGUUCAGUGGGAGCUGCCCUCACGCCCUUCACUCAUGGGUUUCCAGCCGUCCACCAACAUGGAGUUGGUCCCCGUGUUCCCCCGCGUGUACCGCUCAGUGCUGCCCCCUCACGUCGGCAAAAGAUGGGUUGAGAAGAGGAUCCCAGACUACAAGAUUUACCUAAACAACGCGUUGGCUUUGGAUAGCACCUGGAUCAGUCCGGAGGAGAUACAAUUACUCCAGAGGCUGGAGAAACCAGUACUGAUGACUAAUCCCAUGGCAAUGAGCAUAUCUAGGCCGCCUGCUGCCUCCGGGAAUUUCCACACUCUGGUGGUGUCGCCCCAGCGUGUAUCAGCCUGUCCCGUGGCCAUCAAGAGAGUGGGCAGCCACAAGCGUCUGGCUCUUGCCGCGGCGGCCAUGAUGACGAUGGACUCCGAGGCUGCUCAAGGGUCAAUGGCUGCCUGCAGUCUGCCGCUCCACCUCUCCUUGUCCCAGAUGAAGAUCCCCUUCCUGUCGGCCAGGGGCACAGCAGGUCACGGCCCCUGGGACAGACUGCUGGGCCCCGUUGUCCCAGCACACAUCGCCAAGGUGACGUCGGCCCUCUCUGGACCAGGAGUCACCAUAAUGACCAGUGAUUGGGCAGAUCAGUCACAUGCAGAUAAAAGCCUAGACCGAAGAAAAAUACCCAGUGUCGGGACAGUGGUUCUACGUGCCGAUCCAUCACCGGAAAACAAAAACGAGGAUGACUCCCUCAAGAUCGUUGUGGACGGGGAGAGAGCACCGAGGCAUAAGAGACCAGUUGCGUCAACUCCAGUCCCUGGAUCGCCGUGGUGCGUGGUCUGGACAGGAGACGACAGAGUAUUCUUCUUCAAUCCCACAAUGCAACUCUCUGUUUGGGAGAAACCUGUGGACCUGAAGGGGCGGGGAGAUCUCAACAGAAUUAUCGAAGACCCUCCACACAAAAGAAAAAAGGAUUCAUUAUCAGAUGACGGAUCAAAUUCUCUCUCGGCGGAGGACGAGGAUGCAGAGGGUCACAGUGCCAAAACCAAAAGGAACAAAAUGGAUGACCCUGCUACCUCUGACCAGGAAAGGGGUGACGAGGAGGAAGAGAAGUGUGCAAAAACGUCACCCCAGCUGUCCCUCCUUCCCUUCGAGCUGCGGGUUACUCAUUUCAGGGACAUGCUUCUGGAGCGAGGGGUGUCUGCAUUUUCGACUUGGGAGAAAGAGUUGCACAAAAUUGUCUUUGAUCCGCGUUAUCUCUUGCUGAGCUCGGAGGAGCGAAAACGGAUUUUCGACCAAUUUGUGAAGGACAGGAUAAAGGAGGAAUACAAAGAAAAGAAAAACAAGCUGCAGCAGGCGAAGGAAGAGUUCCGGAAACUUCUUGAAGAGGCAAAAAUUACAUCCAAGUCAACUUUUAAGGAGUUUUCCGAGAAGCACGGCAGAGACCAAAGGUUCAAGCAGGUUCAGAAGAAGAAGGAUCAGGAACGAUUCUUCAAUCAGUUUGUCAACGCGUUAAAAAAACGCGAUAAGGAGAACCGGGUCAGACUGCGGAAGAUGAGAUGAAAAUACACGGACGUCGCAAUAACUUUGUCAAAAUACUGUGAAAGGUUCGGUGACCACUAAACGAAAGACAUUGUGUAAAAUGCCAGCCAAUAUCCUUGAAUCGAUACUUCAAACGGACGUGGCCAGUAACCUGUCCUGUCACUUUCCCAGUAUGUUCUCCUCUUAGCCAUGGCAAUGUCUGUCAGCUGUACAAAGAAUGAAAUAAAUCAAAGACCAGAGAUUUAAACUGUUUCAUAUUGAAGCUCUAUUUUAAAAUAUGGGAAAUAUGUGUUCAGAUGAAAUAUAGUAUAUCUGUAUGCUACAUACACCGUACACUUGUAAAUAAAUUAAACAUUUUCAAAACACAUAGUGUAAAAUCGUUUUGAAAUUACAUGGGACAGUUUGCAUUAAUAUAAAAUUUCAGAACAAAAUCUGAUUCCCUACGGCAUCAAUGAAAUUACGUAAAAGGUAUUGUGUAUGUAAGCAUUCCCUGUGAUGGGUUGGCGCCCCAUCCUGGGUUGUUCCCUGCCUUGCACCUGUAGCCUCUGGGAUGGGCUCCGGACCCCCCCCACGAUCCUGAAUAGGUUAGGCGGUUACAGAAAAUGGACGGAUGGGUAUUGUGUAUGUAAGAUAUACAGAUGUUGUCUAAAAGUGCUUUGUGAUUGAAUCAAGUCAUGGCAUUGUAAAGAUAUAGAUAUCUAUGUAUAUACAAAUUGUUCGGUAUUUAAGUAAUUGCUG